CGAACAGGUCAAACAGAAACUGUUUCCACAGUUUCGACUUAACUGGACGUGAAAACAGCUUAAUCCUCUUGUCCGUGAAGAAUCCCAGGGAGUGUCUCGAAGUUGCAAUCGUAAUGCAUGCUCACAUGCAUUAGUGCAUUUGUAGAAAAGGUAUUUUCGGAACAGUUGCGACUGUUUUGCUGUUAACCAGCCGUGUCUUUGUGGCCGCUGGCGGUGUAAAACCGGACUGAGGUUCUAAAGUGACUGAAAAUGAAUUAUACGGGUCGACAGUUUUUCGACGGAACCUUUAACCCUGCAGCAGCGGAUGUAAAGUACCAUGGCUUGGCAAAAGAAGGAGCAACAUGCUAUCUGAACAGUGUGCUGCAGGUGCUGUUUAUGACCAAAGACUUCAGAGAAGCAGUGAUGAGGCACAGCAAUGAAAAUUCUCAGUUUAUUGACCAACAUCUUAAAGCCCUGUUUGAAGACUUACAGAAUCAUACUGCAAAGACGGAUGCAAUAAUAAAGAAGCUGGGCAUUGACAAUGUGUAUGAACAGCGUGAUGCUGCAGAGUACUUUGAGAAGAUUUUAACACUGACCAGUCCUCAGGCAUCACAGAUCUUCCAUGGCAUGUUGGCAAAGAAGACCACCUGUUGUAAAUGCCUGACAGAGACUGACAUAGAUAUACCAUUCUGGCAUCUUCCUCUUGCAUUGGUGGAUUCCUGCACUGACACAAAAGGAAGUGAAGGAUACAGAGUGGUGGAUGGCAUUGACGAUUUUUUCAGAAUGACAGAGUUAAAUGGAGAAAAUCAGAUGUACUGUGACCAGUGUGCUGGCAAAGUUGAUGCUAUUACUAAAGAUGGAAUGAAGAAUCAUCCAGAUGUUUUGCUUCUACUUCUGAAGCGCUUUGAGUUCAGCUAUCAUGACAUGUCAUACGUCAAAAUCAGCUGUGCUGUGGAGGUUCAACACACCCUGCAGAUACCAGACAGUCAGAGAUAUGAACUGUAUGCAGUUGUGGAUCAUGUUGGUGAUCUGAGAAGUGGACUUUACAGUGCAAGAAUCAAGAUCGAGGAGGAACACGGAGACAGAUGGUAUCAUUUCAAUGAUGCCGGGGUCACAGAGCUUGAUUAUCAACCGUUCCAGGUGGACAACACUGAGAAAUCUGAGAGUGCUUAUCUACUUUUUUACAGAAAGAAGAAAAACGCUGUUGGUGAAGAGGUGAAGGAGAUGGAACAGCUGUCUCUGACAAAACACCAGAAAAGCCACACAGACUGUGAGGGUUGUGAAGUAUCAGACGACUCUAGAAAGCAUACUAGAGAAUAUGGGGGAGGUAGACAAAUUGUUGGAAAAGAUUACAGCUCUAAAUUUGUAAAUGUUGAAGCUGAUAAAGUAACGACAGGAGAAAGAAAGCUGUUAACGAGAUAUGACCUCUUAAAUGGAUCUCAGGAGGAGCAAACAGGCAGUGACAGAAUACAAAUCAUACCUAAAGAUAAUCAGAUGAAUGAGCAGAGGAGCAUUAGCAGGUUUCUUAAUGACCCAAUAGAAGAAGAUGUGAUGGGUGAAGCCAGUGAUCCUGAUGUUACCCAUUCAGCACAUAAAGAUGUUAGUGUGCAAACACAGAGGAGGAGUGUGAAGGAUGACAGGGAAGACACAAAAGAAGCUGAUAAAUAUAUUCAAAUGAGUGAAAUCACCAUUGAAAAUCUUGACAACAGUGAAGCUGUAAAGCAUGUUAGCAUGAGAUUAGAUGGUAGAGGGCAGAAAACAGCUGAGAAGAUUAUCAGUGUUACCCAUGCAAGUGUUAGUGGUGUGCAGAUACAGAGCAAAGAACAGAAAAAUGAAUGUGACACCAAACAGAAUCAAAGUGAGGGAAAUAAGAUAACAAAGGAAAGACUAACAGAGAAGCUGGACAGAGGUAGUGAUGAAAAUAUAGGACUGGAGCGUUUUCAACGAAAAGCAAGAAUUGGAGCCCAGGGACUUACAGAAGGAGGACGUGGCUCAACAAAUUCAAGUCCUAUUGUUAGAGUAAUUGACGAAGAACAUACAGAAAUUGAUAGUGCUUGUAAAGACAACUGUCAGACAAAGACCAUCAUAAAGAAAACUACGGAUGAAACCACACAAGACAUGACGAAAUGGAUAGAAAAACAAAGAAAUAUUAGAAGAAGUUUACAUCUUGAAAUAGAUAAAGAGGUCACUUUGGACAAAAUGUCAACUUUUUAAAUGUCAACAAAAUACACAUUUUCAUUCAUGAAUAUGAUUG